CCUUUAUUUAGAUACACAGUCAUGGCACCCGUUAAAGAAGAACUAUUUAGUACAGUGGCUGAGCCAGUAGCCACAGGUCGCAAUAAAAUUACGAUUGUCGGCGUUGGACAGGUUGGAAUGGCGUGUGCUGUCAGCAUUUUAACAAGCAGCAUAUCGAGCGACAUAGUGCUGAUCGACACGAUGGAGGAGAAGAUGAAAGGCGAAAUGAUGGACCUGCAGCACGGCAGUUCUUUCUUGAAAAAUGCUCGAAUAAGCGCAAGUACGGAUUAUGGGGCCUCGGCCAACUCGAGUAUCUGCGUAAUAACUGCGGGUGUGCGUCAACGCGAGGGUGAGACCCGAUUGGAUCUUGUUCAGCGUAACACCGACGUCCUGAAGCAAAUCAUACCCCAGCUGGUGAUGUAUAGUCCCAACACGAUCCUUAUCAUCGUAUCCAAUCCUGUGGAUGCAUUGACCUACGUUGCGUGGAAGAUCUCAUGUCUCCCUAAAAAUCGCGUUAUCGGUAGUGGUACCAACCUCGAUUCUGCCAGGUUCAGGUUCCUACUCUCUCAAAAACUCAACAUCGCGCCAACCUCCUGCCAUGGUUGGAUCAUCGGCGAACACGGUGACACGAGUGUGCCGGUGUGGUCUGGGGUUAACGUUGCCGGGGUGAGGCUGCGUGAUAUAAACAAGGAUGUCGGUACGGAACAGGACACGGAAGGUUGGACCGAGUUGCACAAGCAGGUCAUCAACAGCGCCUACGAGAUCAUUAAGCUUAAAGGAUACACCUCCUGGGCCAUUGGCCUAAGCGUUUCGAAUCUCGCUUCAUCGAUCUUGCGCAAUUCUAAUCAGGUUCAUGCUGUAUCGACGCUGGUUAAAGGCUAUCAUGGUAUUAAUUACGAAGUAUUUUUGUCAUUGCCGUGCACACUAGGCGAAGACGGAAUCGGAUUUAUUGUCAAUCAAAAAUUGACUGAUAAUGAAUUGGAACUUUUACAUAGAUCCGCUAAUAAAAUUCAUUGCAUUCAAAAGGAUAUUAAAUUGAAUUAGUUUAAUUCGUUUGGAA